AUGGCCUACUAUGGCCUCUCCUUCAUUCUCAUCGUCGCGGCUUUCCUUGUCCACAAAAUCACGAACCAUGUGUCCGCCAGAAGAUUUCAGAAAGCACAUUGUUGCAAGCCAGUUCACAAACUCCCUCAACGUGAACGCAUUAUAGGAUGGGACAUGUACAAAUUUCAAGUCAAAAGUGCGAAGGAGAAGAGAAGGUUGAAAGCAGGUUAUGAUAGGUACAAGGAAAAUGGGAAUACUUAUGUAUUGUCAAUGAUGGGAUUUGAUUUUUUCAAUACAAUCGAGCCAGAGAAUCUCAAGACCUUACUUGCAGUCAAUUUCAAAGAUUAUGAUUUAGGGGCAAGGCGGGGUGCUUUCUCACCCCUACUUGGCGACGGGAUUUUUACUACUGAUGGGGCACAGUGGGAACAUUCAAGAGCAUUGGUUAGACCAAAUUUCAACAAAUCCCAAGUGGCAGAUCUUAACAUCUUUGAGAAACACAUUCAAGUUCUCCUCUCACAAAUACCUCGAGAUGGAUCCACAUUCGAUCUUCAGUCAUUAUUCUUCAAAUUGACUCUUGAUACAGCUACUGAGUUUUUAUUUGGAAAAUCAGUACAUUCACUUACCAGUAUCGAAGGCUCAGAACAACAAAAGUUUGGCGCAGCUUUUGAUCUCGGCCAAAUCAAACUGGAAGUGCGAUUUACAAUGGGUAAAUUAUCAAAUUGGAUGUGCGAUUCCGAGUUCGAUGAAGCGUGCAAAACUGUGCACUCCUUUGUCGACAAAAUAGUUUACGAAGCUCUAUCUAAGAUUGAUGCGAAAGAAGAAAAGGCUGUUGAAGGUCAUGGGCCAGGAAGAUAUGUUUUUCUUACGGAAAUGGUCAAAGCAUCGAGAGAUCCUAAACAACUUCGAGAUGAAUUACUGAAUAUUUUACUCGCUGGACGAGAUACAACCGCAAGUUUACUCAGCAACACGUUCCAUAUUCUCGCUCGCAGACCAGAUAUUUGGGAGAAGUUGAAGGCAGAGGUCGAUGAAUUACAUGGGGAAAGACCGGACUAUGAGACAAUGAAAGGUAUGAAAUAUAUAAAAUAUGUUUUGAACGAAUGUAAGUGUCUAUCUCUCAGUUCAUCUAUCAUGGCCAGCCUAACAACCGGUCUCAAAGCACUCCGCCUCUACCCUGUGGUUCCAUCCAAUGCCCGCUUCUCUCGCCGAGACACCGUUCUUCCUGUUGGUGGAGGUCCAGAUCGCACAUCCCCCAUAUUUAUCCCCAAAGGUUCCGCCGUCGCAUGGUCAACCUACAGUAUGCACCGUCGAACUGAUAUUUUCGGACCCGAUGCCGAGGAAUUCCGCCCAGAGCGUUGGGCCCCCGAAGAAGGUUUACGGCCUGGUUGGGGAUAUCUUCCAUUUAACGGAGGACCUCGAAUUUGUGUUGGUCAGCAGUUUGCUUUGGCGGAAGCAAGUUAUACGAUUAUCAGGUUGUUGCAGGAGUUUGACAGAAUUCUGGAUAGGGAUGGGACGGAGUGGAAGGAACAGUUUGCGCUUACUGCUUGUAGUGCGAAGGGAGUGCAGGUUGGGAUGAUUCCUAGGAGGAUGUAA